AAUCACGUAAACUAUAUUGAUCUACAAUAUAUGCGCGCUAUAUACUUCAGCUCGAAUAUUAUCGGGAGCCAGGAGCCAAGCCGACCAGCGGUAUUCUAUUAACCACUGCUUGAUUAUCGUAUUUAAUGAGAGAUAUUUAUCAGAUUUUAUGCAAUUAUGGCAACCUUUGGAGUAGUAGAAGACUGCGAUGGAAAGUUCUUAGAAGGAGGAUCGACGAAUUCGGCAGACGAAACAGAUUUCCCCCGGGCUGUUAUUGAUUUGGUGAAAACCUGUGAAAUCCCACCAAUGUAUUUCCGGAAUAGGAUAUUCUCUCCCCAUUCACAAGAUAUGUGCAGCUUGAUGCCUGCGAGUAAACCAGCCUCAAGGCACAGACUGAUUCACAGGGAAUGGGGAAAGAGUGUGUCAAGCAGAGUAGAAGGUCUUGGUAUAAUGGCUCUCUUGACGAUAGAUGACCAAGCAUUGGAUGAGGAUAAAGCCAAAAGAAUAGCACAUUACAUUCAACAUCUACUCAAGGAUACUCAAUGUGAAUUUCUAAAAUGGGAUCAGCAAUGUCUUCUACUAUACUUUAGCUCAUGUAAUGAUUACCAACGUUUAGGAGAACAUUUUAUGCGUAAAGAACUGGAUGACUGUGCAGGAUCAAAGGUUAUGCAGGUAGAAGCGGCCAAACUGACUAACCCGCCACGUAGUCUGAUAGAGAUCUCUGUGCAUCGUGCCCAAGGUGAUUCUACGAGGGAUAGCAUAUCAUCCUUUCUGUCACACUUCUCUGGAGCUUUCACUCAUGCAACCAUCAUGGAGGAAGAGAACUCUCCUGCCAUUGCUGUGUCCCCCGAUGGCAUUCCGUCAAUGGGCGUGGUCAUGAUGUUUACGUCAGGUGCAGGUAGAGUAGAGGAAGUCCUCUCCAACCCACCUUGGAAACGCCAGGCCUUAUCUGAUGAAGUCUCCCAGAUAGAGUUUGCAACCAAGUUCUGUGUCCACACGGAGAGGGCACUGCCAUUCUGGGGGGUGCGUACAGGAGCACCCUCACCUGGUGUGCGACUUCUUCUAUUCGUCCGUCAUUCAAGCAAGUUUGAUGACAUGGACAAGUUCUAUCAAGAAUUCACUGGCGUCACUCCUCUAGAGCAUAAAUCUACGUCCAGCUCACUCCGAUACAGUACAUAUACCCUGUCAACACGCUGUGAGUUCACACUAGCUCAUUAUCCUGGUUUGAAACCAUAUCCACUAGACUCAUUAUCAUUGGGAUUUCAUAUAAGGAAUUUGAACAAGGCUGGAACGGCAGAACGCCUGAAUGAUGAUCAUUGGUCAACAAGAGAUCCCGAAGGCAACAAAGUUACACUCUUCUCUGUAAGAAGAUAGAUUAUCUAUUCAAGAAGUACUACGACAGUGUUCUUUUUUAAAAACAAGUUUAUUAUAGAUUCACCUUUAUAGUGUUGAUAAUUAUUUCCUUUCACUUGUUUUGGCUUUUGCAGCUCUAUUUUUUGAGCUAUUAGAGAGGUACCUGAACUUAAUUUUAAGAUACAGUAUGUUUCAUUUGUAAUUCCUAAAUCUCCAUUCGUUCAGCAUGGAGGCAACAGUUGAUCCACUGACUCCUAGAUAUUACAGGAAAUUCAAUUGUGUUUUUAAUGAGCAACGAAGGUUGAGUUUAUGAAUGGCUUGAGUAUGAUAAGCCACACGGGGGCCUAUGUUGAUAUACAUGUAAGGCAAACCAAAUGGAGGCUUACAUGUAAGUUAUUAUUAGGAAAGCCAAGUGGGGGCUUAAGUUGGUAUAUACAAACCUGUCAGAAGUUGAGGUUGAUAUACAUGUAUGGCAAGCCAAUUAGAAGUUUAAGUUUAUAAUUGGAAGCCAAGUGGUGGAUUAAGCAAAAAAUAAUAUUUGCAAUGAUAUUACUUUAUUUGAAAUACAGUCAUACUCUAUUGGCUUGCAUAAUUGCGCUUCAUAUUUCAGCCAUUCAUAAAGAUAUUUGUAACUUUACAAAUAGAAUUGUGGAACACCUCCCUGCUUUACCAAAAAAGAAAAGGAAUUACCCAUGUUUGAUUUUCAAUAUUUAUUUUGAAUAAUAUUUACAAUGACUUUAUUUUCAACUCUUACUGUCCGGUGUAUUUCUGAAGAAAGUUUUCUAUGAUGUAUGUAUGAACAAUACAGCCACAUAUCUUUAUUUAUUCAUGGUGUUGAUGAAAACACAAAUAAUAAAAAUCAAUAGGGGAAACUAAUAAGUGUACAAAAUUUUCAGGAAUUUUAUGCAGCUUGAUGAUUGUUCUCAAUUCACAAAGUAUUCUUUCUUAUCUUAGCACCAUAUUCUAAUUCUGUAGCUGCUAUUAUUAUGUCAUGGUAAUUUUAAUUAUACAUAUUUGGUAAGAUGUUCCUAGUAUAUUUAUAGCUUUUGAAAGAUACAUUUAGAUCAGUUUUGAGCAGUCCAGUUACUAUAAGAGAGCUAUGUACGUUUCGUUUGAACAAUUAAAUCCCUAUGACUUUGCUAAUCUCAAAUUGGCAACUUGAUGAAUACAUAUUACAUGAUGACAUAGGUUAGGAAAGUAAGGCGACUCUGAUUUGUCAUGGAAUUGAUUAUCACAAAUUUACCUAUGAUUUUCUCCUUUAAUAAGCAAUUUUCCUGUUAGGCAGUAAUGAAAAUAUAUAACAGCAUGUAUUUACGGGUUCUUAUUCUUAUAGUACAUGUAUAACUUUUGAAUAGAAGGGCAGUUUAAUAAUUUUGUGCACAAAAGGAGUAGAAGACUCAGGAGUGCCUAACAUUGUAGAUACCUGGAUAAAUAAUUGACCAUUUUUGGUUUUGAUAUAUAAAGCUCUGGCCCUUUAUAUCCAACUUAAAGGUUAUACGACUUAAAGGUUGCGAGCCUAGUUGCGAUUAUGAUCAAAUUUGUUACUGAAUCAUUUUCAUUUUGAAUCCUCUAUCAAAAUUCCAAGGGAGUUUGCAAGAAAAUAUUUGCAAUUAAUUCAAUUUCAAAUUUAGAUCUACCUGAAAGCAAAUCACUUUACUUGUUGAUGCAAGAAGCAGGCUAUCAAUCUAUUAUAAAUUUGCAAUGAAAUGUAGGCCUAUGACUUUCAAUUCUUGCUACCCCAAAUAGCGAUUUCGCCGAGAUCCGGGAAAAUCCCUGUAACGCGCAUUGCAUUAUGGGAUAGCUUUUUUGGUAUUACAACUUCCUGUUCGGAAGUCCAAUGCACUGUUUUGCCAUUCAGAUCAACAGAUAAAAACAUGAAUAAAAAUUAUUUUCACGUGAAAUAUAUUUUAUAUUUUUAUUCAUAAUUCAAAUGGAAUCAAAACUGACCAAAUUAAAUAAAAAGUAUUAUAAUCUGUACAUAUUACGCUGAUUGGCAUCGAUUUCAGCGUGGUGGAAAACUCAGUAUCGCGAACCUCGCGCGAGCCUGACUCUGAACCGGAAGUUGUGAUGACGACCCGACGGAGUGAAAAUUAUCUCGUCUCGCGCAUUAUGAGAUUUUUGUUCCUAUUUGGGGUAGCGAGAAUUGAUUUGGGGGUUCUAACAUUGACCUGUAAUCAAUUGCAAUUUUCUUGCAACACUCCAAUAGUGAUUUUUCAGACGCAUCUUUCAGCAUGUAUUUUACUUUCUAGCGUGCUUUCUUUCCAAAUCCCAUUUCAACAAAACAAGAAGGGAAUGGGCAA